AUGAGUCUGACCAUGCUACCCACUGUGCUAUGCUGGGCAGAGCGACCAUGAUAGAAUAGAAACCUGGAAAGGUGACAGGAGGCACAAAUAAUCGCUCCAUCCUUGAGAUAUAAUUUUUAGAUGAGUCCAAGUGCAAGAUCAGUGAUGGAACCAAAUGAUAAAAGGAUCACUAGGAAUGAAAACUGCAGGAGGAAUUUAUGUCAUUGAAAUGCACAUAUAUGUACGAUUUGCACUUCUCAAUGGCCUCUGGUUAAAAGUAAUGGGAAAAACCAUCGAUACAUGAAGAGGAAAUUAAACCAAGAACUGUAGCCCACGAACUGAGAGUUUAUUUCCAUGCAGAGUUUGGGAUGCAAAUAAUACUUUUUGGAAGUUUCAUUUUAGAGCUGAUUCAUAUCUGAGUGCAAACGAAAAGACUAAGGAAACAGACGCAAGGGAGAGGACGAAAAAAAGAACGUCAUAGUGCAGCCUCUCUGUCAGGUUUCCUAAACAUGGGACAGCAAUUAAGUGCGGAUUCUAGCAAAGUAGAAAUUGAUGUGGCAGAGCUUCAGGAGUGGUAUAAGAAGUUUGUGGUAGAAUGCCCAAGUGGAACUCUUUUUAUGCAUGAGUUUAAGCAUUUUUUUGGCGUGGUGGACAAUCAGGAAGCAACUGAUUAUUUGGAACAUAUGUUUAGAGCUUUUGAUAAAAAUGGGGUGAGUGCUGCAUAAAUUAACACAUAAAUAAUUUAAUACCUAGACAUUGAUGUAAUUGUAGAAUAAUUACUACAAAAAUAGGCUACAAAUGGCUACAAAAAAUCGGGCUCAAUAAGCAAUAACCUGCUAUAGUAUAUGUUCCUUUAAGAUUUUUUGAUAAAUGUAAUGUUUGUAUAUGUGCAAAAUGAAAAAGUAAGUCAGCUGAAGAACUAACUGUGUAUUACUAACUUAAAUAUUGAGACGUCUUUCCUGUUUCUAUGAACUACUUUUGCAGUGAACUAGCUGGCUGAGGAUCAUGGGAUAUGUACCUAAACAUCUGCAAUGCUAUUAGCGAUCACUGACCUAUUCGUAUAAGGGACUGUUUGUCUUGCUUGCUAUUGGAUUUACUCACCGGGGAAUUAUUCUACUGUAAUGAGAUUUGCCAGCAGGUUAUUUUUAGGAAUAGCUGUGAGCUGACUUUUGUGACUAUACAUACAGCAUGUAAAUCAAUAAUACGUUACUCAGUACACCGUACACAGACAUGUUUAUUAACUGAAGUGGAGAACUAGAAUUUGAAGGGAUUUUCCAAUUUUAAAUGCAUUAUAUAGAUAAUAUUCUCUGAAACUGCUAUGUUUAUAAAAAAAAAAUGGGUUAACCCUAGCUGGACCUGGCACCCAGACCACUUCAUUAAGCUGAAGUGGUCUGGGUGCCUAGAGUGGUCCUUUAAUGUUGCAAAUCAAUAACAUUGUUCAUAGGCUUAAUACACAUAUGCAGUGGCACAAUACUUUAUUAUUUUAAUCAUCUAGACCAGGAAUCAGCAACCUAUGGCAUGUGUGCCAUGCAUGGCACUUUGUAGAGCACACACGACUGCCCGUGGGACUUCAGAUAUUUACUAAUGCAACAUGAGUGAUGAUUGCAGGUGGUGAAAAACACUUCUCAAUUUAAGCAUUGCGGCACUUGAGGAAGUAAUCUCAAAAAACUUCAUCCCAGCACUUGUGAGUGGGAAUCCACACUGGAAUAGAGCAGCAUACAGCAGCUCCUGCCCUUGACCUGUACCUGCCAUCCCGGUCCCCACUGGACCCUAGUGAAGCCACACAUACGUCUAGAUACAACAACUCCUGCCCUGUGACCUGUACCAAGCCAUCCUGGCCCCCAAUGGACCCAAGGGAAGCCACACACACUUCUAGAUAUACACAAAGUUACAGAAGAAUCCAUCUCCUGAACAAAAUAAUACAAACAGCCCACACAGAAACACACACCACUGACACCCACAAACACAACACCACUGACAAUCAACAUACAUGCACACAAUCCACCAUAACCAACCCCACAAAUACACACACCACCAAACACACAAUGUGACAUGUCAUUCAGACACACAAUUCCACAAGCAGGCCCCAUACACAGCCCGCAUUCAUAGGUGUCAUACACAAUACCACAAACUACUCAUGAACAUAUACAAUACAGCAGCCAACAUACACACAAAUACAAUGCUACAAAGCAACUGCAGCACCCAUAAGUAACACAUUAAAUAACGCAUUAUACAGCAAAAUACACAACCUAAUUAAAAAAAAAAAGAUAGGACUGGCACAAGAUGUUGUUUUGGCACAGUAUUACUAAAAGGUUGCCUACCCAUGAUCCAGACCAUGCUAAUAUACGUAUGUUUGGUAUGAUGGUACUAUAAAGGAACAGGCAUGUAGUAAUCUCAUUCUGUCCAUAAGUAUUUCUUUUUAUAUACUUCAACACAUGGAACAAAUGGAGCAUACAAAAUAGAAAUUUGGCAAAAAGUCCUAAGUUGAUAUAAUUAGCAAUAAAACAGAACAGCUUCCUGCCAUAAAGUCUCGAGGACAGUCCCUGAUUUGAACUGUGAGGUUUAUUCAGUAAACUAGAAAUUGUAGAAAAUUGAUGUAGAGAUGCAGCCCAAAAGAUUUUAAAAAAAAAUACACUGUGCCCCAAUGCUGCUAGUUUUCCAGGUAAUCAAUCUUGGAUUAACACAUCCUAUCCCUUUGUUAACUCUAUAGAAUGAAACAAUUAGGGAAUUAACCCUUAUGACUCCAUACUGUAAAAUGGCAGCCUGGUCGAGCAAAUAAAUGUAUAAUUAUUAUAAAUAUAAUUAUAAAUUAUUAUAUAGAUUAUUAUGAAUAUUAUUUAUUUUGUCUUUUUUAUAACACAUGUAAAAAAACACCUGCAGAAAUAAUGACAUAUAAAAGCUUUUAAUGGCAUAAAACAGGUCAAAUGUGUGGCAAAACAAUCCUUAUAACUAACUAUAAUUAUAUAGCUCAUGUACCAGUUAAAUUGGCUCCAGUCAGUUGUUCAGCACCUCCGAUUCUUCCUCUAUUUUUCACAAAUACUGCUUUACUGAUCAUCCUCCAAUCUCUGUAAAUUACUAUCAUUAUUAUUAUUAUUGAAAUAUGCCACAGCUCUAGGGUAGACAAGACAUUCAAGUAAUUGUAAGUUAGGUUUGACAUACAAAAAACAGAAACAGAGAGGUUCCAUGCAAGAUUUUAAUCAAUGUGGUCCCCAAAGUUAAACAUUUAUCUUCAUAUCCACACAUCUACAUAUACACACACAGACACAGAUAUUAACAGAUAAACAGGUACACAGCUACACAUAAUCAAAGGCAUUUGACAGUCAGAAACACACACAGAUAAAUAGAUUUAGAUACACUAUCACUACAUUAAUUCUAUACUCCCUUGUGUCUUAUCUUGGUUUCUGAUAAUGUACUGCAAUGUAUUCUCCUGGAUUGUGCUGUUGACCUUGGCAGGAUCCUCUGCAGAGUCUCUGACACUAAUAAGUAACUUGGAACUUGCUAUAGAGUUUAUUAGUUGAACGCGUUUGUCCCCUUUGAUUUCUACAGGGGAUCAUCUAAGGGCAAUACAGGAAAUACUUUUUUAUUAUACUUGGAAAUGUUAAAACCAAGUUCUAUUUGUAACAAUUUGCAUGUGUGGAAUGGGCCAUGGAUGCAUAGAAUGACUGCCAAAGACAUAGCUGUAAGAGCUGGCAUUAAUGGAGAUCAGUAUUGUAAAUGCUCUGAAUUUUAAGGGUUCAUUGUUGUUUAUCCUGCUUCCUGGACGACAAUGUAGGAGGAUCAGUUCCCACCAUCCCUCACCCUUAUUGUCGUUAGCUUUUCCACUUUUUUAGUUUUUUAUUUAUCAGUAAUGUCCCAGGUUGUGGGAUUUCUUUCCUGACCAGCGCCUGAAUAAUGUGAAGCUCAAGAAUUAGCCUAGAGGGGUAAGGGUAGGCAUGUGGGGUAAACGGGACUCCUGCUUGGUUUACACUCCGAGCACUGAGUCUUGUGGAUCUGCCUGGAUCUGACAGAGGGCAGUUAAUUAUUGCUUAUGAAAGUUUUAGGUCAACGUUUAUGUGAAAUGAAUUGUAAUUUAAUAAACCAUUGGCCAAGCUCUACUCCACUAUAUCAGUUUCUGUGUUUACUUACCGGGUUGGGUAGUCUCGCUUGGCCUUGGGAAUUUCCUUGGUGUGUGGACAAUUAUGAAACCUGCCACGAUCAGUAUCUCAAACGUGAUAUCUACUGGAUAAACCUCUUUAUUACAUUGUCUCCAUCGAAAGUAUGACACAGGAGAUCUUGCUGUUUAUAGGUAAAUCAAUAAAGUCAUAAAAAUAUGCAAGCACAUUAACAUAUACUAAGCAUGGACCUCGAUUUUCAAAUGAUGUAGACCUCACAUCCAUGUAUAUGGGAUUAAGAUGUUUGUUAAAUAAUGAAAUAGGGAAAGAGGAGCAUAAUAGUCACAUCCCACAACCCUCGGUAAGCUCUACUGAAUGAUGGGGUACAGUGAUAGUAGUGAAUAAACGCACUAGUCGUGUUCAUUCACAAACAAUCCAAUAGAUUAGAAAUAAUUGGUCUAUUUAAAUUAUUGCUGUAGAUGAGGAUAAUUAUUUUUUAACUUGUUAUUAAAUGAUGAUGGAAUAUGUCUUCAGCGGAGUAGACCUACGCUGACUCUACUCUUCCAUGUAACAUCUCACUUAUUUAGCAUUAAAGGAACACUCCAGACACCAAAUUAUUUUCCUGUAAUGCAACUUCCAGUGUUUUCCUACAAUACUCCUUUUGUAUUCUGAAGAUAUGACUUACAUUCACAGUAUAAAUAUAUAAGGAAUCAAGUAAUUAAUUAAUCAAUCAUAAAUUCAGCAGCAUAUAAAUUCUACAUACUGCUUGGAAGCAAUUUCCAUGUUCUGCUUAUGGCAACACUAAGGAUUUUAGGUUGCUGUUGUAGUGGUUAUGAUGCAAAGAUACCUUGAGUGCAGUAAUUACGUUUUCAAGCAGUUUAUCGAAAUACAGAGCAUGAAGCAUCAUUUAAGCAAGUUUCAACUUCCUCAGUAGACAUCCAAAAUAUUUGUGCUGGUAAGAGGGAUUCAGCUGAGCCAAAUUCCCAUUAACGUCUUAAGUGAUGCCUAAUUAGCACAGGCUCAAUGGAAUGCACAGGCUCCAUGGGAUGCAUGGCUCCACGGGAUGGCUAUUUAUCAAACUGUCUUGUACAUAGAUAAAAAUGUUUUGUGCUUUAUUUUAUAGGACAAUACAAUAGAUUUCCUGGAAUAUGUGGCAGCUCUGAACCUUGUGUUAAGGGGUAAAUUGGAGCACAAGCUAAAAUGGACAUUCAAAGUUUAUGACAGAGAUGGAAAUGGUUGCAUUGAUAAGACAGAGCUACUGGAAAUUGUGGAGGUGAGUAGACGUUUCUUUUUUAAAAUAUUUGUAUUUAUGCAUUUCCAAAAAUUAUGCAUAGCAGAAAUAAAUUUAAAAAAAUGUACGCAAAACAAAAGCUGGCAAUUACAGUGAGGCAAUCUGAGUAACAUCAACCGAACUGUCAAACAUUCCCAUGCCGGUGAAGGCCUGUGAAUGUCUGUGCAGCCAUGAGCACUUAAAAGUCAUGACAACAAAUUUUCAUUUUUCAUUUUUAAAGGUUUAUUGCAUUUAUAUGAAACUUAAUGAUUUUAAAUUAUUAUUGAUUUUUGUUUUGAGAAAUAUUUACUUUUUUAAAUCUGACUGAACAGCCAUGUUGAGUCAUAUUCUAGUACUGUUACAUACCUCCUAACUCUGAUGUCCUAAGAAUGUUCUAAGAAUGGGGACGCCGGUGGGAGCAAGGUCACUAGCUCUCCCCAAAGAGGAAGACCUGCCCAGAAGAGGGCAGUUCCUCCUAGGUUUAUGGCAGGUCAGCUUGGCGUGAAAGCAUGCGAAGGAGCCCUAAACAUAUCACAAUCACAUCUUAUACUAUGAAUGGUGGGGAUAGUUCCCUGGUGUCCCCAAAAGUUGGACAGAAAAGAAAUACGGCAGAAUUGGGACAGUUGAGAGGCAUGUUGUUAUAUGAUCAGCUGCAGCUCAACUUAACUUGUUUCAAACAGAGCAAACAGAGACAUUGCCAUAGCAGGUUAGUUCGUUUGAACGGCAGGGGCGGUGAUAAAGGACAUGUGUAGCAGCAUUCUGUGAAUGAAAAAAAAAAAUCUUUUAAAAAAUAAGAAAAUGUAAAUGUAGAAGUGAAAGCUGAAUAAAAAUAGGUGGAGAAGCAGAAAAGAGAAAAAAAAGGAGGUACAUAGUAAUCCAAAUUAAAAUCAGGAAAUUAAAUACCCUUUUAGUUCAGUUUAGUCCUACGUCACACCACCCUGGCAAAGAUCAUCAGCAACGAUGAUCUCAGCAAAUCCAAUAUUUUCCCAUAAGGAAGUAAUGGGGGGGCUCCUGUGUUUGUCUGGAGGUCGCUGCUCCAAUCUGCAUCUCCUUAAAAAGAUGCAACAGCUCAAUGCAUCUCUAUGGGGAGCGUUUGGCAUCCUAGUGCUCAAAAGAUUGCGGAUCAUAAUAAGAAGCUGCUCUAGUAGCUGUCUGAGUGACAGCCCCUGGAGGUGUCCUUACAGCUCAACAUACAGAUUACCCUUUCUCAGAACAAUUGUGUUUACAACUGAGAUACUGCAAAUGGACUCUUUGCACCAAAACCACGAUGCUGUUGUAGUUCUGGUGCUUAGAGUGUUUCUUUAACUACCUAAACUUAGGAGCUGAAACACAAAGUUAUACACUCUCCAUCGUUAUGUUUUACUGGAAACUUUAAAUGCUUCCCUAUCAGCACAUAAAGGGUUCUGGUAGAGUAGAGGGACAUUAUUUAUUUAAACUUGACUAUCAGCCCUUUUAUAACCCUUCCCACACUCACCGAUGAAUGUUACUUGCUUACUGACAGACAGACAAUGACUUUUUAAUUGCCUCCCAGACAGCAUAAAUAAAAUAUAUUAUAUAGCAUUCAAUAAAAAACAAAGUAGAUCAUCAGUUACAAGAUGUUUAGAUAAAAGUUCUCUUUCAUAUAAUACACAGGUCCAUUCCCGAUGAGCUUGCAUUGGGUUCCUUGUCCUUUGCUAGGACACUCAGUAUCACUCAGAUCAGCUGUUAUUAUAGACUGAGGGUUGUAUUUAGGGUGAAUUAAUAUAAUUAUUUACACAUUUCAUUCAGUAUGUGUUUAAGCUGUUUAUUGUCUGUGAGAAGAGCACAUGUGAUGCUCACAUACGUUUACGACUUUAUGUAUUAUUUAAAGCACAUCUGUCACUUUCACAAGCUGAUAUUUUGCAAACACCCUUGAAGGUGACAUGUCCUGUGAGGGUCUAGUUACCGUGGGGUGCAGUGGAAAGAAGAUUUAGGUCCUCUACACCAGGCGUGUAAAACUAAUUUGUUCUGGAGGGCCAAACUGUCCACUAAAAUGGGUAUGGAUUGCCAGCAAACAAGAAAAAGAGGAGACACAAAGAAGAAACUUUACAUAAUGUAAAAAAAUGUAAUUGUUUACUUACAACAACAAAAUAAAAGUGUAUAUAUUAUGCAUGUGCAUGGGGAAAAUUUUCGGUUCGGUUCGGCAUUCCGAAAUUUGGGACUUCAGCAAUUCGGGACUUUAACACUUCGGCAACUUCGACACUUCGACAGUUUGGAAAUUCAGCAACUUCGGCACUUCGGAAUUUCGGGACUUCUCUUGCAGCCACGAGUGGGGGCUUUUAAACUAAAGGGGGGACCUAUUGUUCCCCCCCGGCCCCCACCACUGAGCAGCGGAUGGGGGCCCUAAAGUAAAAUGAUGGGGGGGACCUAUUGUCCUCCCCCCGGCCCCCACCCCUAAACGGUGGGUGGGGGCCCUAAAUACUAAUAAGGGGGGACCUAAUGUCCUCCCCCCCAGCCCCCACUCCUGAGCGGUGGGUGGGGGCCCUACAGUAAAAUAAGGGGGGGACCUAAUGUCCUCCCCCAUGUCCCCACCCCUGUCGGUGGGUGGGGGCCCUAAAUUGGAAUAAGGGGGGACACCUAAUGUCCUCCCCCCUGGCCCCCACCCAUAAGCGGCGGGUGGGGGCCCUAAAUUGGAAUAAGUGAGGGACCUAAUGUCCUCCCCCCUGGCCCCCAACCCUGAGCGGCGGGUGGGGGCCCUAAAUACUAAAUACUAAUGCCCUCCCCACUGGCCCCCACCCCUAAGCGGUGGGUGGGGGCCCUGCAUUGGAAUAAGGGGGGGGGGAGCGCAAAAAAAAUAAAUCCAUCUUCACCUGGCGAGGGCUCAGCGCAGACUGAGCUCUGCAGCGUGGGGGAAGGCUUAUAAAGCCUUGCCCCGUCCUGCAAUUAGGCUCAGAGCAAUUAGGCUCAGAGCACUCUGAUUGGUGGGUUUAAGCCACUCAUAACUCUCUGAUUGGUGGAUUAAGUAACCAAUUUAGGUCUUUCAGCCUUUUAGUAGAUAGCUCCCUAAUACUGUGGGAAUUAGGGAGUUAUCUACUUAUUAAUUCCUGUCAUUACACUGACUGGCUAAGUAACUUACAUUUUAUAUGAAUGUGUGUUACUUGAUUGUUGUAAGUGUUGCAAAUGCUUACAGCUGAAUCCUGGCUAUGUUUGUAUACUUUUUAUUUCAAAUUGUAUACAGUGUAACAUUCUUCAUUCUUCCACUGGGUAAGUAUAUUAGUUCUUAGGCAAUACUGUGCAUCUGCACUUCGACACUUCGGAAAUUUGGUAAUUUCGGAAUUUCAGGACUUCAACCAUUAGGUACUUCGGCAAUUCAUCUAUUCGGACAUUCGGAAGUACCUGAAUGUCCUAAUUGCCCGAAAUGGUCCGAAUUGACAUUCGGACCAAAACGAAUUACACAUGUCUAGUAUAUAUGUGUGUUGGUGUUUGGGUAAAGUGUGUGCGUUUGAAUGGUGUUGUUUUUUUUUUUUUUUAAGUAAUGGCAUUUGAAUUCAGGACUGUGUUUGCGUGCUUGACUGCAGGGUUGUAUUUGUGGUGUGGGUGUUUCAACGCAGGGGAAUGUUUACAUACAUUUUUGAUGUUGAAUGCUGGGGUAUAUUUGUGUGCAGUGUUGCCGUUUUAGUGCUGGUAUGAAUGCAUUGCCACACACACUGACAUAGAUAUGCACAAACACUCAGUUAUGUACAGACACAGGUACACAUACAAACUGACACACACAGCACAUGUACACAUACACACAUAUAAGUAACAAUUAACAACAUUUUAGCCAUAGUUUAUAGCUUCCCUACUGUGUGUGUGCCUGCUCCUACCUCUCUGCUUAGCUCCCAGCAGGCUCUGUGUGUGUGGUGGGGUAACACUCUGACAAGAGUCUGGUCCUGUUAAAGGGCGACCGGGACACUGAUCUAAAAGCCCUGCCGAGACUCAAAAUGAUCCGAUGGGCCUCCACCACCGCCCUUUGCUGGACCACCCUCAGCAAAUUGUACACACGUGCACACACAUAUAUAUGUGUAUAUAUUUAUAUAUUGGAAGGCAUGGCCUGAAGUUGUGGGAGGGGCUAUAGACCUAUAAAAGGGACUCCCCCCUUUCCCUACUUACCUUUGUUGGUCAGACGGAUAGACUGUUCAAGGUCAGCAUUUGCAUGAGAUCCACUUCCAGGUCAUACAAGACGCCAUUUUGGUUUCACCUCUGCUCCAUGAGGUCUUCUACUCCAAGCUGUGUCCAGGAAUCCUGCAGCAGGGCUUUCCAUUAAUCCAGUGGCUUUCUCUCCAGUCAGCAUCGCAUUUGGUGUCUCAGGGACUCUCAAACCAUAAGUUGACCCACCUGUCGCACCAGGAUUAGUUCCCACGGCGUUCAGCACAGCACGGGUCCUCACUUUACGGUUUCCUUUCGCUUUGCACGGUUAUUUCGUUAGCUUAUACUCACCUAGCUGUUCAUGUAAAAUCUGCUGGGUAAAAUCUGCUGCGUAAAAUUUGUUGGGUAAAAUCUGUUGGGUAAAAUCUGUUUUGGGUAAAAUCUGUUUUGGGUAAAAUCUGUUUUGGGUUAAAAUCUGUUGGGUUAAAACUACAAACAAAAUAAAAUUUUUUUGCCUACACACUGACCCCUACCGGUCUUUUGGUGUACUAUAGGCUUCUUAGACAUUAUUGCAUUUCAUGUACAAACCAACGAACCACUGCAUUUGCGCCUACACACUGACCCCUACCGGUCUUUUGGUGUACUACAGGCUUCUUAGACAUUAUCGCAUUUCAUGUACAAAUCAACGAACCACUGCAUUUGCUACAUCUCUACAACCCAUCUUAUUCUAUAUCAUAUGAGAAUGCCCCGAACACAAAUAUAUAUAUAUAUAUAUAUAUAUAUAUAUAUAUAUAUAUAUAUACACAUGUAUAUGUAUUUGUGUGUGUGUAUACAUACAUAUAUACACACUGCUACAGAUAUACACAUACUAUUACACUUAUACACACACACUGUUACACAUAUACACACACUGUUAUACAUACAGACAGUCAGUUACACACUAUUGCACACUUAAAAUUUUUGUGGCUUGCUGCUCUGGUACAGUAUAUUUGGCAAUAUGAGGGAGCAGAUCAGUCUCUGCUCACUCGCUAUCUAAAUCCUGCACCAGUCUCUCUUUUGAGUUCCCAGACAGAGCAUCACACCCCACCUCUCCUACUGACCCGUCUUGUCAGCUGCCCAUGCUGCCUCAUCUCUCGCUCCCCUGUGCUACUGUCUGUGAGCCAGAAGGAAGUGGAGUUUAAUCACUUCCUCCCAGCACAGUGAGUGCUCUAGGCCUUCUUUAACUGCUGGUGCUUCAUGGAGCUACAUCAGCACUGCUAGAAGCCAUGUCAGUGCUGUAUUCUCACAAAUGUGCGUACAACAUUGAGAUAUAUGGAGGGUCCAUAGAUCAGGUCUCACAAUGAGCGAGACAAUGCCAGAAUCCCUUAGCAAUUACUUGUGACCAUCAAUACUUCAUAAAGUACUGAGAGGUGAAAGAGCUGUUUUAAAUUCUUUAACGAUAGGUGUGGUGAUAAAAGGUCAAUUUAUGCAUUCAAUCUACGCACUGGAAAAAUCAUAAGCAAAUAUGUAGAUUGAAAAGAUAUACUUAUCUAAAACGUGCUGUGGCUAGCUCCAGGUGAUGACUUGCACCCGCCAUGAAACUAUGAUUAUAGGAGGAAACAUGCAUUCCUUGGUAUAGAGAUUUUACCUACAUGUAUGUGACAAAGGCAAAGGCUAAAGACUAAAUUUUGUAGUUUAAUUUACUUUGUACAUUUUCUAGCAAUAAAGCUAGUAUUAAAUUAUAGUCCCUAAAAUUGAUACGUCGUCCUUUUACUAUUUUUAGGUACACUUUAACACAAGAACAUAUUGUCAAACCAUUAUAACAUUAAUCCUUUAACUUUUCUGUGUUGUAGUUUAUUGUGCUAUCAACUUAUGCUGUUGAUAAAUGUACGCAGAUUCAUCAUUUAAAGGAACUCUAUAACAUUAGAAAUAUAAACAUAUAUAUUUCUACAUUUGAGUAGAUCUAGGGAUGAUUUAGAUUAUUGGGCCUCCCCACAGCUCCAGCUUUUUCCCUGGCUAAGAUCUUCAAUUCAAAAUGUCUUGACAGGUAUACCGCAACAUGCAGACCUAAGACACAGGAUGUCCUAUACUAGAUAGAGAACACAUAUUACUGGUCCUUAGAGUGGCUGGGCUUAAUGUGGCAAAGUAUAUAUACCUAAAAAUUAAACAACAGCAUAAACAGAGACAGCCAAUGUUAUGGAGUACAGCAAUUCAGAUGAACAAGGAACAGAGUUAAGGUACAGUAUUCCAGAGAUCAAAAUAGUCGAUAAACCAAGUCACAAACCAUAAAAACACAGAGAGGGUCAAAAACGUACUCUCGGGUAACAAAGACCUGAGUAAUCUUAGAUAGCUCUAAGUACAUUCCUAUAGGCCUGCGUCCAUAGUGAUGCCAAAACAUGGGCUACCCACAUUGCUGGAUUUACGUGGACCGGUGUGACAUCACAAGAUACACAGGGAUCUGGGUGUAUAAACAGAGUGCAUAUUGGAGCUUUUUGCAUCAAAAUCAGGAAGCAUUGCACUCUAGUGCUUCAAUCAGCAUCUCAUUAUAGAUAUGGGAAGUGUUCAGUGUUUUCAUGCAGAGCGCCAGGAAAUUCCUCUAGUGGCUGUCUGAGUGACAUCCAGUAGAGGUGACCUUAGGGACAACUGUAAACACUACUUUUCUCAUAAAAGGCAAUGUUUACAAUUGUCAGCCUACAGGGACAGUCUCUUUGCUCCAGAAUCACUAUCCUCUGUACGUACUCACACCUCUGACUCUAAUCUUCAAGACUUCUUUAUGGCUCCACCAUUCCUAUGUUACUCCCUUUCUUGCUCCAUUAGACUCUGACCCAGUCUUCUGUCAAAAAAUCACUAACAACUCACUUCAUCAAAAAGGCAUUCCAAUUAAACUGUUAACCUGCCCACAUCUCACUAACCCAUCUUCUGUCCUGCAACUGUGUGAUCUAAAAAACUAAGUACUCGUUGUAAGGAAACCAAGUGUAUUUAAACCUCAUUCGGUAGUUUCCUCCUGAACCGCCAGAGCCUUAGUGAUUAUAGCCCUAUGUUCGGUAGAUAAAGUAGACGAACCAUAUAGUAAUCCCAAUAGCUUCACAAGAUGAUUCCCUUAGUGAAACACACGAAUCCCCAAACAUCAGCUGAAGUCAAGAAGAAGGGUACAACUGAACUAACUUUUAAUGGGUGCACACAGGCUUUUAUGCAAGUCCUCAUGCAAGGGGACAUCCCUCAGGGAGGGACAAAGAUUAACCAAUCACGUACUGUAAAAACAUAACACACACCUACAGUUCCCUCCCCUAGCUCUGGAGAUAAUUAAGUCUGAUAAAAUAAUAACUUGAUUAUCUCCAGGCAGAAAAAUCUAAUUUUUCCCCAAUAACUGGAACACCCCUUUAUACUUGGAGUAUCCCCACAAAUAACAUGUCCCCUGAUAGCCCUGGUCUGGGUGACCAACAUAUCCGAAUUUCACCCAGAUCGGUUCACGGGUUCUCAAAAACUAUGGAGGUCUUCUGUGACCGGCUCACCCUGGGCUGUAUGCCCAAAACAGUUCCAUGAGUUUGGUGGGUUUUGCCGGUCACUUUAGAAAAAGGAGAAAAGCGAACAAAGUACCAAAUGGAUCCCCCUGGCUCUUAGCAGCAUUCGUUCCCCUCUGUCGAAUGCACCAAAGUACCAAAUAGCGCUCUUCUAGCUAUUUGGUAAGUAGAGUUCCAGCGUUCGUCUGUUUGAGACCGGUGUUCGGGAAGUCGAGUGUCUGAUUUCAGUUCCAUACACUUGACGACCAAGUCCCGCUGCCUUUGUUCGCAUGAACAAAGAUGGCCGCGGUUUUCUCUUCGGCAGUACGAACGCUGGCCGCACAGACAGAGGCAUCAAUUGAAUCAGUCUUUGAUGUUUAACGAGCCAGGGGGGCGGUCUUUGUUACAUCUGUUGAAUGCAAUAGGCAGAAAAUAGUGUAAUAAAAGGGGAUUUCUUCACACUCGUACAUUUUGUUAGCAACCUACUUUCCUCAUACAUGAAAUAAAUCUUACCUCUUGUGUCAUUUUACCCCACUCCCCAUAGAAUGUAAGCUUGUGUGAGCAACUUUCUGUUCCUGUAUGUCCAAUCCAUCUUGUCUUGUUGCAACUACUUGUUUGUUAGUCUGCAUAUCGUACAGUGCUUUAUAAAUAUAUAAUUGUAUUGUUGACAAAUUAUAAGUAAUAAUAUUUAAGCUGUAGUCCUUCUGGUGCUUAAAAUGUACCUUUAAAUAAAGACGAAAUGGGGAGGUUUAAAUCUUCUGAAAAGUGUCCUUUAUUUUUAGUAUUUUUUACAAUGUUUUUAGAAGGUCCAAAAUGUUUUAGCUUUUCUCUGCUUACAUAUUUUUUUUUAGAAUUAUCAAUGUAAGAAAAGACCCCAAAAUAGGUGUGAAUUUGCCUUUCUGGCAUAAAACAUGAAGGAGCUACUGAGAAAUCUGUUUUGUUACAGAAAAUAUGGCAUGCAUUAUAAAAUAACUAACAUCCUCAAAAUCCCUAUAGGAAAGCACUGAUGUGCUUUAGGUUUCCCCUGCAUUGACGUCGGACGAGAUGGAGACGGAGCCAGCGUAGACGUGAGCGAAAGAAACGGUUAUUUAACCUUUUCGAUGCAGGGGCGUAUUCCUAAGACUAUAGUGUUCCUUUAAUAUGGUAUUCUUAUAAAAAAAAAAACAAUAAAUAGAUUCAAAUCUUGGUGUACUAUGCCAGGGUGACUUAUUGUUCUGCUCUCCUUCAGAUAUUGAAAUAUUAUGAUCUACUGUGCAUACUCGAAUUAUUCUACUUUUGUUUCAGUCUAUUUAUAACUUGAAGAAGGUGUGCCGUCAGGGGCAGGAUGAUCGAAUUCCCUUACUCUCACCUGAAGAAGUAGUGGAUAGGAUAUUCCAGUUGGUAGAUGAGAAUGGAGAUGGUAAGUAAUCUUAGGGUUAACAACCAAUGCUAGACUUUGUCUAAUGUACCUGCCAUUUUACACUGUGGAUAGAGGCCAGUAUAAAUGCAGAUACCUUCUUCCAUCUGACACACGUGUGUUCUUAAAAUGUGUCCAUUGUGUGAACUGAAGUGCUGACAUGUACACAUUCCAUAAAUGUAUCUACUUAUAUAUUAUAAGACAAUUUAUUCAAAGGAAUACAUACAUAGCAAAACACAACAUAAUAUAACAAAUUAUACAUCCAUGUUUAAAGGACCACUAUUGUGCCAAGAAAACAUAUUCGUUUUCCUGGCACUAUAGUGCCCUGAGGGUGCCCCCACCCUCAGGGUCCCUCUCCCGCCGGGCUGGAUGGAGAGGAAGGGGUUAAACUUACCUCUUUCCCCAGUGCCGGGCGGGGAGCUCUCCUCCUCCUCUCCUCCUCUCCUCCUCUUCGGCUGAAUGCGCAUGAGCGGCAGGAGCCGCGCGCGCAUUCAGCCAGUCCAUAGGAAAGCAUUCUCAAUGCUUUCCUAUGGACACUGGCGUCUUCUCACUGCGAAAAUCACAGUGAGAAGCGUGGAAGCCCUCUAGCGGCUGUCAAUGAGACAGCCACUAGAGGCUGGAUUAACCCAUUUAUAAACAUAGCAGUUUAUCUGAAACUGCUAUGUUUAUAGAAAAAAGGGUUAAACCUAGCUGGACCUGGCACCCAGACCACUUCAUUAAGCUGAAGUGGUCUGGGUGCCUAUAGUGGUCCUUUAAGGGUAAGUAAUCAAUCCACAACAGUUAAGUUUAUGAAAUGCCAAACAUAUUCGGUAAAAUCUCCCCCCCCCCCACCCCUUCCCCUUUUCAUUCAAAUAUAUUUUUUUACCAACAGAGUAAACAAGAGUCAGAAAAUCAGAGCAUGAUAAAAAAAAAAAUGUAGUUUUGGCAUGAUUUCUGACACACUGACAUAAUGACAUAAACAAUGUAUUCAAGUAUACUUAUAGUAAAGCAACAACCUGGUUACCUUUAGCAUGUUGCGGAAAGGCCAGUGUUAAGGUAAACUCGAGGUUGAAAUAUAAAACAGUGACCCUCAUACAAACAACAUUCUCACUAGGCAACUUCAGACAACAAACAACAACAUGUAAAUAAGUUAUCCAUAACGUGUGGCAGCUGGUAAGCAAGUAUACAAUAAUUUGAUGUGUGCACAAAGAGAAAUUAAUACUAAGGGCAGUGAGAAUGUAAUGUGGCACCCCACUGGGAAGCUUCCAAAUUAAACAAAAUAACUUAAAAGAACGUGCCAAGUUAGAUCAGUAGAGUGCUCUAGGUGCAUGAUAUGAGAUUUAGGCACAGUAUUAAAGUAAAAAGACACAUGCAAAUUAACCAAGGUAAAAAAUACUAUAGUACAAUAUGGAAGUCAGUAAAUGCCAUACAAGCCAAACUGUCAGGGAUGGGAUUUAAAUCUGUGGCCAGAAACAUUCCUGGUUGCGAGUCAAGCUUAAAAUCGAAAAGAAAGACUGACAUUCCCACAGAGGCACGUCAGAACAUGUCAAAUAUAUCCAAAAAGGUCAAAUGGAUGUUUCAAGAGACAAUAAUAGUAGAAGAAGGAAUGUCACUGAGCAGCUAAUUUGGCAAUUUAGUAUGCUACUUCGAGGAGAGAAAGUCCUUCAAUUGAUUGCUGUUCUGUGGUGGCAUAGGUCCUUAAUGGCAUGUAUGUCUGUGUGGUGUAAAGUGCAGGCACAGCCCACCCCCACCCUGGAAGAGAGUACAUUUUGGGAGUGUUGAUUAGGGGAAUUCAGUGGACUUCUCACUGGAGAGUGACCCAGAAGGUUGUAUAACUAAUGAAGCAGUGGGCUGACAGAUGGACACAAUCUAUUAAUUUUAUGCAGUCAUGAAAUCCUUGAACAAGGCUUUGCAAGUCAACUUUAAUAUAUGCACACUACUCUAUGUAAUCAUCAGUUCUCUGCUCUCAGUCACUAUGUGUUUUAACAGUUUGGGCUGAGCAGGAAGCAGGGCCCUAUGUUAAGCUAAUAAAUGCCAUCCCUGGAUGGUAAGCGGGGGUGGGAGUAAGGGACUUGAGAGCCCCUGGGAGAAAGGGUAAUUAAUGCUUAUAGAAGACUGGCCACCUCUCCCACCAAAAUAAUUGUAAGUUCAGAGGUUUGUGUAUUUGGGCACCAGAAAUGGCUUCCAACAUUCGUAAUCUGCAAAUAAAGAAAAUAUUAAACAGACCUUACAGCAAUGACGUCUGUUUUUAUAUCUGUAUAAUUAUUUAUCUGUUUCAAAAUAAUAAUAGUAUGCAAAAAGGUAUUAUACAAAACAAAAGGUCCUUCAUUCCCUAAUACCCGUCUCUAAUCAAGAUAUUUCCCCCUGUUUCCUUUUUAACCAUUCACUCUUUCAGCCAUUUUAUCUGCCAUCGCUUCCCUCACAGCCUGGUUCCUUGCCUGUCCUUUCCUAAUAUUAUACACGGUAACUACGUCCGUAAUAGUAUUGUUUUUGCAUUUUUUCGAGCGUCGUGAUUAUCAUAUCUUCCAAACAAUUAAUGUCUUACAUAGGUGUUUUUCUUUUGCAGGCCAACUAUCAUUGGAUGAAUUUAUUGAUGGUGCUCGGAAGGACAAGUGGGUGAUGAAAAUGCUGCAGAUGGAUGUGAGUCCUGGGAGUUGGAUAACAGAGCAAAGAAGGAAGAGUGCUCUAUUUUAAACCAUUCUGGCUCCUUAGCUCCUGCUGCUUGUCGAGGAUGUGAAUAUCAUAACAGGAAGUUGUUGUAGGUGGUGGAGGAACAUAGCACCUGCUGCGUUUGCUUGGAUUUUAAGUAUCGGAGCUUGAUUAUACACAGUUUGAAUUACUCAUUACUGUCCUGAGAUAUUUAUUUUGUGAUCCACAGUUGUUACUUUGAUCUGGAUUAAUGCACAACGCACCAAGUCAUCAAUACUAAACUCUAUGGAAACCUACAGUGGUCCAAACUCUUCACUUUCAGUCUUGGGAAAUGCAGAUAAGCAGGUGCUAGUGUACAAAAGUCAUGCCUAUCAUCACUUUAUGAUUUUUUUAAACCAUAAGCUCAAUUUUGAGUAGAACACUUAUUGCCUCUUGUUCCUACAUGUCUACACAUAUUUUUAUUUUACCCAGUGUACAGCACCAAGGAAUACAUAGGCAUUUUAUAUAUAUAUAUAAUAAUAAUAAUUAAUAGAUGAUCAUUUAAAAUCUAAAAUAUACAACUCCUGCCAGCAAGGGUUGCUGGAAGAGAGACACUGACCAUGGUCCUGGUAAUGGGCAAUUGGUACUCCUUAAUUAAGCGCUUGUAUGGAAAUCCAGUGAUAGCAAAAUUGUUUACUAAUGCUUUGCCAUGUAGAAGGCUUUGACAGGUCAAAGUAAGCCAAUAAGUAGUCAUUGCUACUGAACGUGUCCUUGGCUCUUCACUCCAAGCAUCAGCUGCUAAAAUAGGAGAAAGAUGAUUGACUAAGGUUCAUAGAGUGGGCUGAGUUGUGUAGUAAAGUCAGAAAGGGACACAAUAGACUAGCAGAGAUUGAUAGGGGGUUAAGAUUGCUUUCAAGCGUUUGAGAAUUACCAGACGUGAUGACUGGUGCUGGUUAGAGGUGGCAGGGGAAGGAGAUUGAGGAACUGAGAAGGACAACAUAAUGUGAUGGAGAUUGGUUUGAUUAGGCUGAGAAGAAAAGGGAGUGAGACUAAUAGUAGUGGACUCGGACAAAAGUGCUGGGGCUUAGAAGAAUGGUGUUUGAGAGGGAUGUGGGGUGAAUUACACAAGGGGGGAUGAAUAGGACAGGGGAGAUGGAAAAAUACAGUGGGUAUGGGAUAGACAGGGUCUGAGAAGUUUAUGAAACUGAGAAUAAGUAGAGAGACUGGUAGGGGAGACAUUUUAAAUAAAUACACGGUUCCAAUAUCUCCCACCCACAAUACAGGACAUCAAUAUUUCUCAUCAGUAAGAUCCAUGCUGCAAUUUAUGGAAAUAAAAAUAUCAAAAAAUAGUUCAUUAAUUUGUGUACAGUGUACAAUGGUGACAUGAUGGCAGAUGCCCACAAAUGUAACAUAUUUUGUUUUCUCUUAAUCUGUGCAUUUGUUUCCAGUGAUAUUAGCACAAUGCAUCUGCAUUCCCACUGUAAUCUCAGUUUCACUGAGGAUGUUUACGCAUGAGCUCUUGUGAUAUUUAAACUAGGUAUAUCUAUAUGUAUGUGUAUUGAUGUGUCACUAUGAAAUCAUGCAUGUGUAUGGAUGUGAGGAAUGAGCAAUCCUAAAGGUAUGGACAAAUCAGGCAGCAGAAUAGGCAUUGAUGUAAGUAUAUCAGUAGUAUAGGCACAAGGUUAACAUGUCAUGUAUGUUGACUGUAUACUUGACUGUAUACCAGGACUGCCCUCUAGUGGAACCAAGUGAAUUUAACAUGUUUGCUGCUAAUCUGCUCAUGACUGUUCGUCUCCUUGGUGUGGAUAAUAUGGAGAAAGAUAAAGCAAAACAUUGUGAUUAAACAUAUAGCAAAUUAUUAUAUAAUAUAAUGGGUCUUCAUUAGGUCGUUCAUUGUACGUUUCUGUAUUAUUGUGUAUUGUACCUGGUCAAAUGGAACUGGUAUUCUGCUUCUGUGUGUAAUAUGUCUGAACAGUGUUCGGAUUAGAUGUAUACUGAGCUUCUGUUCUGCACUUUGAUAACAUUGUACAGAAAUAAAGCCCCAUUCUUUGUACUCUUUUGGUCAAAUGGGCCUAGUGAAGACACAGAACCCUCUGGCAGGGAAUUAGCUUGUAUAUAUGACUAUAACAAGCACAAUGGAGGUAGGAUACAUGUGAUACACAUCACCACAACAUCCUUACUAUUUGCAUGACCGUGGGCGAGAUAAUUGUGAAGACCCACCCCCUGGUGUGUCUAAUAUGCAUACAUAAAUGCAUAAUAAUACACAAUUAGGCAUACAUUGAUUGACAUGGUAAAUCGGCAUACUCUGACCUGCAUGCACAGAGACACAUGCACAACGUAGGGUGGCUCUAACGGCGGCAUUGGACAUUGCAAGUCCUUUUGAACAAUGGCAUGGUUCUUAGCAGUACAGAGAUUGCCUGUUCUUGGUAGGAACAGAUCAGUAUAGUGGAGUGGAAACUAGAUAAAGUGUGAACAUUCAUUCUCUUCAAACACUCCUUAUCGAUCCCAAUACCACAUUACCACUGCCAUAAUUACAAUCUAUAAUUUAUGCUGCUUCCAGGCUUUUCUUCCUUUCCUACCUCCCCCUUUGCCGAUCUUUACAUUGUCUUUCUGUCUUUCAGUAUCUACGCCUACAAGACUUCUCAAAGGCAACACCAUUCCCAUGGAAUGUACUAUCUCAUCAGACUUUUACCUAAUCUACAGCCCUUCAAGAAAUCCAUUAAGUCUCAUCAUUAGUAAAGCUUGAUAUCUAAUCCUAUUCACACUCCUCUUGUACAUCAUGUGACUAGACCAUGCACAGUCCAUUUUACUUGGUCACCGUCCACCUUAAUAAGAUACUCUUGUAUCAUAUCUGGUGAUUUCUCUUUUGAUACAUUGUUCUUCUUCCUAUUUAUAAUCUCCAGUUUCCUCAGUCUAGAUUGUUAGAACAAGGAUUUCCUAACCUCUUGUUUCUGUCCACAUGAACUUGAUUCUCUCUCUCUC